CUUUCCUCUUCUAGGUUAAAAUUCAGAAUGAUUUCAGUUAUGAGUUUUUCAACAGCAGCUGGUCUUAUAUGAAGUACACAGAGAGGUAUGAAAAAUCAAACAGUGGACACAGUUAUACACAGAAUAAAAUUCUACAACACAGUCAAAAGAGUAAGCAGCUGAUGGUUGUUGAGAACAGUGUGGAAGUUGCUCAGUUUAUUAACAACCGCCCAGACUUCCUCAGUCUUGCAGAGCCUUUCUGGAGGGAGCUGGCCAACCUGCCAGUCGUCUAUGAGUACAGCAUCUACCGAAGACUCAUUGAACAUUUUGGGACUCACUUCUUACACUCUGGAUCUCUAGGAGGACAUUACAAAGUUAUUUUCUACAUGGAUACUGACAAAAUGAAAGCAGAAGGUAUGAGCAUAACAGACAUGUAUGAGUGCACCACAUCAGGCUGGAAUGCAUUCAUUGUGAAAAAGAAGAAAGUGAAGUGCUCCAAACUGGAUGAACUGCUGCAAUCUUCUUCAGGAAGCAGUGGUAGUAAGAUUAAAGGAGACCCCUACAUAGAAGGAGGAAGCCCAGGUGCUGUUGCUGGCCUUAGUUACCUAGAGCUGAAUAAUCCUGCUGGGAACAGUCAGAGAUACUCCUUUUGGGCCGGAUCAGUAACAUACUAUCCCAGAGUAAUUAAACAAAAGCUAACACCAUUAUAUGAGCUGGUAAAGGAAGUGCCCUGCUCCUCAGUUAAAAAGCAUUACCUAAAACAAGCCAUUGAAGAGUAUAUGGCUGAAAAUGACCCCUGCAAAUGUCAGCCUUGCCAGAACGGUGGCGAGGCAGCUGUGGAAGGAACUCAGUGUGUGUGUUACUGCAAGCCUUACACCUUUGGAGCAGCUUGUGAGCUGGGAACUCUUGUGCAAGAUCAGCCAGGUGUUGUUGAUGGGCACUGGAGCUGCUGGUCUUCCUGGAGUCCUUGUUCAGGGGGAAGGAAAUCAAGGAGUAGGGCCUGCAACAACCCCUCCCCACGUGGCGGUGGGAAGGCCUGCAUAGGAGAGCCGAGUGAAAGCAGGUCAUGUGAAGAUGAAGAGUUGCAGCAUUUUCGCUUGAUCGAACCACACUGUUUUAAUUUAUCCAUAACUCCUACAGAAUUCUGUUCAUCUCCUCCUCUCUUGGAAAAUGGAUUUGUUCAAAAUGCUGAAAACUCAUAUCCUGUUGGGAAAAGCAUUGUUUAUGCUUGCAGGCAUGGAUAUUCUCUUGUUGGUGAUCCUGUUGCUAGGUGUGACGGUAAUUUACAGUGGCGACUUGGAGACAGAUACUGCCAAGAAACUGCUUGUCUCCUGCCUGUUCUGGAGGGAGGUUUGCAAGGAGAGCCAUGGAAACCUGUGUAUGAGAUUGGUGAGAGAAUAACUUUGUCGUGUCCACACGGCAUGCACUUAGAAGGGGCACGGUCCGUUUUGUGCGAGCCCAGUCUCAAGUGGUCUCCUAACAUGAAGACUAUCCAGUGCAAGAGACCAGUGCCCAGCGUGAAACCAGAAGUGACAGAGCUGAAAUGUCAGCCAUGGGAGAAAGUUCAUCAGUUGCAAUGUGUGUGCAAAAUGCCCUAUGAGUGUGGCCCUUCCCUGGACACCUGUGCUACAGAUCAAAGAACAAAGAGAAACACACCUCUAACUGUCUGCAAGAUGCAUGCCUUGGAAUGCAUGGGCAGAAAAUACUCUCUUACUAAUGCAGAAAACUGCAAAAUACCUCAGGCAGCUGAAAUAUCGUGUGGAUCGUGCCGUCCAUGGGAAAAAUGUGAUGUGCAAUCCAGCAGCUGUGUUUGUGACGAGGACGCACUGUGCGAGGAGGGAGGCAUCCAGAUCUGUGCUGAAGCGAGCAGCUCCACUGCUCAUCGGACCAUGACCGAGUGCGAGGCUGGGCGGCUUAGAUGCCAGGGGGAGACUGUCACCCUUGUCAGCAUAAGACCCUGCGACAUACAGAGCGAAUAAGAUACAUUACGGUUCAUUUUGCCUGUUGCUAUGGGAUA